CCCGCUUGUCAUCUCUCUCGCGAGUGAUCACGUGGCUGCACUUUUUUUUCUUUCUCUUUUGCCUUGACGGCGGAGCGAGAGGAAGGAAGCCCGCUUUCAGUACGUCACCUCACCUCACCCGCUCCGUGGGGAGGGCAGAAAGGAGAGAGAGGCGCGCGCGCUAGCCGUGUGUGCUGUGUGGCGGAGACCCGCCACAACAGAAGCACGCCGCAACCACUGCAGGCCGGUUGCUGUCGGCGAGAUCCGCUCGCUCAAGGAGUGCGCGCCGCCGCGCUUCUCUCUCCGUCGUGCGCCCUCGCUCGCUACUCGUGGUGCCGGCGUGGUCGUUCCGAGAUGAUGCUCGUGCGCGUAGACGCCCGGCGAAGGCAACCUUCGGCGCUUCGCCGCCGCCCUGCCGCUCACCGAUGACCCGAGGCCACUCCGUGAUCCCGCUGGAGGAGAUACCGUAAUCGGCCGUCAUCGACGCAUCGCUCAACGAGUGCUGCUGUGUCUGCUGCUUCGUGACGGUCGCCGAACGCUCAGGCAGAGCUGCAAGGCGUGGGCCUCCCUUGUGUGAAUCCCGGCGUGUUCUGAUUGAGGAUUUUUCCGUUCGACCACUCCGACCAUCACAUGUGGAGACUACAAUUGAUCACACCUUUGAGUGAAGAAGCACCUUGCCCCACUCGCCAUGUCCUUAACACUACCAUAUUGUCUCACUCCGCUAAAAUAUCCUGAGUGCCUCCCAACGAACAAAAGAGCACCACCGGGUAGCAGGUGUUCUGCGCUGUGGCCUCCACAUUCUGGCUGCCUUUGAAGGAGGCAACGACAGUAGCAUGGCGGGCCACCAGGCAAGCUUCUCUGCGAGCCGGUCGGCCCCGGAGGAGGAGCGAACGUCGGUGCGCAUUUCCCUGCAACCCUCGCACAUUUCGCUGCCCACGUAUCGCCACUCGUCCGGGGGCAGCAUCAGCCUCGGCGGCCGACGCUACUCGGGCCUGCUGCCUAUGCUGUUUGACCGGGCAGCACGCUCCUGGUGGGACCCGCGCUUCGACUCACACAUUCUUGAAGCCCAGUACAAACGGAGCACAUUUCCGCAGCUGCGCCAGCGGUUCCAGUAUGCCCUCUGCUACUGUGUGCUGGCUUCCCUGCUGUACUGCAUCUACUCGGCCAGCAUGGUGCGGCCGCACUGGGUUGCUGCAGUCGUGGUGUCACUACUGGUAUCAGUGUCGAGCAUGGCUGCUCUCGUGUUCACCCAGUCACGGCACUAUACUGCCAAUUAUGUCAAGGUGUCACUAGCCACUGUGGUCGUGCUGUGCACGGCAUCCCUUUCAGUGUUUGUGCCGAUUGUAUACGAGCGUGGCGAUGACAGUGCAGUUCACAUUUUGUCUGUGGGGGCCUUCUCGCUCUGCAUCCUGGUGCUGAUGAUCACAUACGCGCUACUGCCGAUGCCCCUCUAUUUGGUUGUGGCUGUUUGCAGUGCCUACUCGAUACUUUUUGAGAUUCUUUCGGCGCUGCUUAUUCCCACCCUUACGGGCACUGUUGUGGCUGUGCGCGUGCUCCUACAGCUGUGCGUUCACCUCGUCGGUCUGCACACCCGGGUGAUGACUGAGAUUGGAAUGCGUAACACAUUCUUCAAAGUUGGCCAGUCACUCAUGGUGCGUCGGGACCUUGAAGUGGAGAAGCAGCUUAAGGAAAAAAUGAUUCAUUCGGUCAUGCCGCCCAAGGUGGCCGAGUGGCUUAUGACCAAUGCGGAAGAGGAUGACACGUCCUCCGAGCAGCCUCGAAAGCCUUCAACCAGUCCCCGGCCUUCACAGAUGAUCUUCCGUCCCUUCAACAUGCACCGCAUCGAAAACGUCAGCAUCCUCUUUGCCGACAUUGUUGGCUUCACACAGAUGAGUGCCAACAAGUCUGCUGAGCAUUUGGUGGGCCUUCUGAAUGACCUUUUUGGGCGCUUUGACUAUCUCUGCAACAAGCUUGGAUGUGAGAAGAUAAGCACUCUUGGCGACUGCUACUACUGUGUCUCCGGCUGCCCCGAGCCACGUCCUGACCAUGCCCGUUGUUGUGUGGAAAUGGGACUUGCCAUGAUACGUGCCAUUGCUGAAUUUGACGAGGACACUAAUGAGUCGGUGAACAUGCGUGUGGGUGUUCACACAGGCACUGUACUGUGCGGAAUUGUGGGCACCAAGCGCUUCAAGUUUGAUGUCUGGUCCAAUGAUGUCUCCUAUGCCAACAAGAUGGAGUCAACUGGGCGACCUGGCAGGGUGCAUGUGUCAGACAGCUCCCAUGCAUUUCUCAUUGACCAUUACUACAUGGAGGAAGGGCCAAUGGACCUAAAUCGCAAGACCUACUUCAUCAGAGGCCGCAAGCCAACAGCAUUCGACAAGGCACAACAGAUGGCAUCACGACAUUCCUGGCCUCACACCAUUGGUUUUAUAGAAACAGCAAAGACCAUUGACACUCGAAAAGUCAGCUGCCCAGCCCACCAACCUGGGGACAUUGAGGAAGAAGAAGUUGCUCCCAUGCUACCCCCUGUGCACCGCCACAGCAGCCUCUCAACAUUGAACAGCAGCCGCAAAGAUUCAGGCAUUCGGAGCAGGCAGAGCAGCAUUCAGGACACAAUGCCGCGGCAAGCUAAGGCGCUACGCUUUAAUAACAAUGUUCCUGUGUUUGUCAGCAUGUGGCAGGUGAACAUCGUAAAGCUCCUGGACACUCCAACGCCGCUGUAUGCACAGCGGGCCAGUGGUUACUGCUCAAGCUACACCUCCGUGGCAGACACGGGACGGUCCAGUGGCUCUAGCCUGCGUGGCUACAGCAUAUUCGUGGACCCUGCACUGAUGCUCAAUGAAAGCCUGUCACGGUUGCGCCACCUCCGCAAACAGUCAGACCUGCAGAUGAUACGCUGUAUACAGCAGGACUCUUGUACCAUGGACUACUUCAUACGGCCACCUGUGAACCCUGUGACCCUCUUCUUCAAUGACUCACAGAUGGAGCGCAACUACCGGCAUCGGCUCCACCACCGCGAUCUUGCACCCACUAUGGCCUCUGCCUCAUUCACCACCUAUUUUGACAUAUUUGUGGCACUGGGUUUUUAUUUGAUCAUCAUGUUUGCUUGCUUUGUGCUGUUUGAUACACCUGUGUCGUGGCUGUUGUUUUGCCUCUUUGCAACUAGUGUGCAUCUCUGCAUUUUCAUGCUUUGCAUCCGCGAAAUAUUAGCCACUCGAGGCCACUGGGUAGCGGACUGUUUGGCGCAAAUCUACCGCUACUGUACUGAGUGGUACCCUUGGCAUGUGGUUGGACUUGUCCUGGUCAGCUUUCCCAUUGGCGCCAUCUUCUCAAAUUUCACUUGUGCUGGCGUGCUUUCGACCCCAGAACGUACCAAUGCCUUCUGCUACGUUGUCUUUGUCUCUCUUCUGCACUUCUGCAACUUCACCCAGCUCAACUUCUGGUUGCGCUCUCUGCUGGCCACAUGUGCAGGGGUAGUUCUAGCUGUCCUCAUUGGCUUGCCAGCGUGCCCAUGCCCUUUGCGGACUCCUACUCGUAACGUCACACACCUUGAAAUCAUUUCUGAUCUGGGAGUAGAGUUGCCAGGCGUCAGUUUCCAUCGUGAUUCAUACAGCUGCAACCAGUCAGCCAUUUAUGAGAUAGUGCUGCACGUUGUGCUCAAUACAAUCCUCGUCUGGCUGCUAAAUCGUGAGUUUGAAAUAAGUUACCGGUUGAGCUUUCAUGGCAGUGCCAUGGCAGCCCGUGACGAGCAGCGCAUUCAGUCUAUGAAGAAUCAAGCUGACUGGCUCUUGCAUAACAUAAUUCCUCGCCAUGUUGCCGAGCAACUAAAGAACACGUCCAAGUACUCUGAGAACCAUCGUGAUGCAGGAAUAAUUUUUGCGAGUAUUGUCAACUUUCAUGAGAUGUAUGAUGAGUCAUAUGAAGGAGGCAAGGAAUAUCUACGUGUCCUGAACGAGCUUGUGGGGGACUUUGAUGAGCUGCUUUCAAAGCCGCUCUUUCGCAAUGUCACAAAGAUCAAGACCAUUGGGAGCACGUUUAUGGCAGCUUCUGGACUGAACCCCAAGCUGCGACGUGAGAAUCCGCAUCCUUUCACCCACCUUUUUGAACUGAUGGACUUUGCAAUAGCCAUGCAACAAGUGAUUGAGAACUUCAACCAGAAUCUUCUCGAGUUUAACUUCGUAAUUCGCAUUGGCUACUGCUACGGUGAUGUCACAGCAGGCGUCAUUGGCACGACCAAGCUCUACUAUGACAUCUGGGGAGACGCUGUUAACACUGCCAGUCGUAUGGAUUCCCACGGAGUUCCUGGGCGUAUACAGAUUCCUGAACACUGCCUUCAGGUACUGCAGGAGCUGUAUGUGUUUGAGUCACGAGGUUCAAUAUACAUAAAGGGGAAGAACAACAUGAAUGUAUACCUUCUUGUGAGGAAGAAAGACAAAGUCUUGUACAGGAUUCUUCCAUCGACGCAGCGACCGAGCCUUACUACAACUUCUACAGCAGAUGAAAAAGAGAAAGCCGCUCCUCCUGAUGAACAAGCAAAAGGUGAUGAAGUUGAAAAGGAAGCAAAAAGUGAAGAGGGAUUACCAGCAUAAUGGUGUGCGGGGCCUAAUGUAAGCGUUGGCCCCAAAUGAUCUUGUCACUUAAGCAAGGCGGAUACUGGUGACUGACGUUUUGACAAUAUGCAAGCUGCCAUACUGCGGUCAACAAUCCACAUUAGUGGUGACCCAGCAUAACUUGAUCAAAAUGCCAAGUUUCAUGAAAUGGCAGUGCUUUGAAUGCAUGUGUGUGUGUGCACACCGCAGUGUGUUUGAAGUGUGUUGCUUGUCAUAGUGUACUACAUGUAUGUGUGAAUGAUGGAGAAUAUAUGUUUAAUCUACUAAGUACUUCAGCUAACAGACAAAGAUAGAAUGGUGUGCUGAAUCUCACUGAGGAUAGUAGUGCUUGGUGUUUUACACAAUAUUGUCAUCCUUGAUUUCCACCUUAGAAAGGUCAACUGUCAAAGCCAAGACGAUUAUGUGUUCACAAGACUGCAUUCUGUUAAAGUGAAAAGACAAGUGGACAAGUUGCAGUACAGAAAAUCUAGAAAUGCUUUGGACAGUAGUGUUCUUGUGUAGGAGUCCUUUCUUUGUGUGUUUCUGUAAGCUUUUAUACCAUGUUCGUUGGCAGCUAUAUGGGAGAUUCACCGAGAUGCAUGUUUAGGUAAUUGUGAUUUAUUUUUUGGUUGUUGUCAAUAAUGUUUACAGUUUAUACUCUUGUUUUUAAUACUGUGUCAUUUGCAUUCGUUGGUUUGCAGGCUUUGCUGCAUGGCUCAUAAGUUCUCACUUUGUCGUCAUUUUUGGGGAGCCUGCUUAUUCCUUCCCGUCUGUUGUAGUAGCUGCGAACAAUUGUGCAUUUGCUUAACAGGAUUCUCUUCUUGUUCAUCUAGUUUGCCAUACAUAUAGCAGCAAUGUCGACAUAGGCGAAUACUGAUACAAAGCACGUGAUGGGGGCUGCCUGCCAACCGAGAUGAAUCGUAAUCACGAAUUUCUUGUGGGCACAGUCUCGACGAUAAACCUUGGUUGGUUCUUCGUGCCUAUCAUGUGGUUCGGAAUCCGGUCCUUCUCGCUUUUUUCAGGACAUGCAGCUGUUUAAUCCUUGGGGUGCCGGGUGUUUUUUCAAAGUGCAACAAAUUUAAUUUCUGUCUAAGUAACACAUUAAUGGGCUUUAAAUUGAAAUGUUAUUAAUUGGUGAUAUGUUGUGUAGCAUUUAAAAAUUUUUUUUCAUCUGAAAAUUCAAAUGAAAAAUUAGCACAUGCUACUAAUGAUUUAAUUAUGAUAAUUAGUGCUUAUCAAGCAAUAUGGCCUAUUCGUUGCUGUCACUGUCCCUUGAAAACAUAUCGUAAUCAGCAUCAAAGUCCUCUGAAUCAGAAUUAAUAAAUAAUAAGUUCUUGGUUUUCCAGAUAGUUAAAAAAUGCUGAUAUCUUGUGCCGGUCCGCCAUGUUGAAAAUCGAGAGAUGCAAGCAACAGUGACAGUCGAUAAGCUUUGCCGAGCCAUCUGUUGUAUAAAAACAGUACCUACCAUAAACUUUUAGGUUAUCUAGCUUUUAAGUGGAUGGUGGAACCAGUCUACGAAGAUUUCACAGUCACAAAUUAUCUCUGGUACGGCCAAGGGUCUCCAUCAGCGGCCAUAUGAUUAUAUUCGAGCAAGGCACAUAAAGGGCUAAAUAAAAAAUCUUUUUCAGAUCACGAUUUCUCCGCUUAUAUACUAUCUGCAUUUUGUUAUCAUCAGCACUUUCCUCGUUUUGUGCUGAUGAAUGAGAAAGAGCACAUUCAGUGCCAUGGAAGGCACUUUAAUGAAAUGGGCUUUGAGGGACCAGGAAACGUGCUUAAUGUACCGUAUAGUUUUAUUAUAUAAGACUGGUUGUUUUGGCCAUUUUGGCUUGAGAAAGAUGUACUGUGGUUAUUAUACAUGUUGUAGCAAAAAGAAAAGACUGCUAAAAUUUUGGAUGGCAUAGUCCUUUUACGUCCUUAUACACAGAAUCCCGCAUAAAUGGAUAUUAGAGUGGAUUCAUCCCAACUUUGAUUGUGUUUUGUUUCUCGGAAUACCGUGUUAGCAUUUACUGACUGAAUGAAAAUGCAGGAUCUGUUACAAGAACCAGGUAGUUAAUAUUGUAAAUUAGUUUAUUUAUAAUGUGAUUUUUGUUUUUUUAGCUGUAGAACCCAGUGCAGUUGGCAACACCAUGAGCUGAUGGGACGAGCAUGGGACGUAAAACGUGCAGACACCACAGCUUAGAAAGGAGGGGAAAGCAUUGAAUGUUGCAUUGUUCAAGAAGACAGGUAGAAAUGGCGUUGUCAAGCUAAUCCACUGUCUCAUUUGUGCUGAAAUUUAACAGAAGGGCAGCAUUUAACAGAGGAUUUUGUUUGAUACCAAAUUUUGAAGCAAUACUGCCCGUUUCACCGAGAGUGAUCCUGAAGUGAGUGUUGUCUAUAGUAGCGCUGGACUAAAAAGAGAUUUACAAAUUUGAGGGAAUGGUGGCAUCGUUCGUCAAUAGGAGUGCGAAGGCCUGAAUAAAUUCUGAUGGAUGGCAGCAUCUUCAUUCAAAAGUGUGGAGUGGUUUGCCCUACACAUGGCACUGCUGUUCGUUUCCCUGAGAAAAUCAGCAUUUUUGGUCUGGCAAUGCAGCAGGCGACACAUACAGUCGAGCCUACUUACACUAGUGAACUGCUUUGUGGCACUAAAGCUGUUUUCUGUAGAAGGUUGUUAUAAUUGGACUUGUCAAAAUAACCUGUAAAGGGAUUUUUGGAGUGCAAGAAAUAUGCUUGGUGAAGGCUUCAUUAGCGAAAAUAAUGAAUGUGACCCUUACUGCCAGAAAUCGCUAAAUAAGGUCUGCUUCAGUAGUGCUGUCCAAGUGAUUCUUCAAGAUAAUCAAGCAAUCUACAUGUUCACUACAUGUAUUCUAGUGUGGCCCCAUAAUGAUGCAUCUCCAACUUUUAACCUCACUGUGCAAAUAUGAUUUGCAAAGUAUACACUUAGCUUGUAGAUCUUUAAUGUUGCGGCAACUUCAAACAUCAUAAUUCUGAUGUGAAAUAAGAUGCAAUCUGGUGCCAAUUCUGACAAUGUCAUGGACUGCUACUGACAUCAGGAACCAUGAAGGGGCAAAAAAAAAAGAAGGUACUAUCUGAGGCUGCUCGAGAGCCAGUGAAAAGUAAGAACUAAAGAAAGCGUUAAAUGUGCGCAAACAGCCACUCGGUUUUUUAAAAAAGGGAAGCGCUUGGUAUUGAUGCAUUGUUCAUCAUGAUUGGUUACCUUGAAGUUUGAUGCUGUUACAAAGGUUGUGGCUAGCCUUAACAAAUUAUCUUCUGCCAAAUUCUGCAUGUGUUUGCUAGCAAAAUGCUUUCACAUACGUCUCAUUUUAUGCUUUGGCUGAGUUCCUUCUGCUUGUUCUAACCAAACUGACAUGGCGAUUUGGCUGUUAUCACUCCAUAGGCCUUUGCAAGAUUUGUUAAUUGAUGAAUUACUGCUCAUACUACUCAAGGUUGUCCUGCAAUGGACCGUUUUAGGUGGUCUUGACUGUACUUCUGGUUCAUUCUGAAUGAUACUUGCUAGCACUGCAUCCAAGUAUUCCAUUAUACAAAACCCACUGCCAAAUGCUGCUUCUGUGUGAAAUUUUACUGUGAGCGAGCUAGCAGUUGAGAGUGUUCACAGCUAAACUUAUGGUCCUGAACUAUGCAACAUUCAGUAUGUACCUAGUGAAAUUGAUCUUUCUUCAGAGUGGUGAAAUAAACCUAGGGCUUCUUGCAAAUGCUGAUGAGCAUCUGUGACAAUUUAGGGGGUGUCUGGCUUUCAGUACCAGAGAAGAAAAAAACACGAUAAAAGGAUGUCAUGCACGUAGUGAAAUUAUGCACUGUGUUCCAUGGUUAGCAGCGGCAUUAUAAUAUGCCAAGAACAAAAGAUAAGAGGUGUAAUUUUUGUGUCUCUGCUGCAUUAGUGAAUGAAGCAUCGAACACGUGUUUGUUAGAUUUAGUUUCUCAUUUCUUAUGCCAGUAUCUUUAGGCAUAAAUUUGGAUGUAAGUUUGACGGUACAUUAGCAGAGAGCUUUAGCUAACGUGUACUUUUUGACACUGAUGUGCUGGUGAAAUACCAUCACGGAAGCACAAAAAGCAGCCCUGGCAGUGAUUCUGGUGAUGCUUUCUGUGGCUCUGUUUUCUCAGCAACUAAUAUUAAAGUUGUCAUGGUGGCAUAAGCUUUUUAGUGCUAGAUCUUUCUCGACCGAAAAGUGCCACACAACUGAAGAAUGUUGCAGCACAUUUUGUUUGAACAAAGCAUUGCCAGAUUCAACUAUGAGUGAUGCUGGGUUUUCCUUCAUGGCAUUCCACUAUUACAGUAAUGUCAAAGCACAUGCACACUGACUAAAAUUCUGCAUUGUGUGUUGCAGAAGACUACUAAUGCAGUAGGCUAACACAAUUUUCUGCUGCUUUGUACUGGAAGAGAGCACCUGGUUUUGUGACAAACUGUAUGGUGUAAUCUUUUUUUUUUUUUUUUUUUUUUGUCUGAGAACUCUUCUUGCAUUGUAUGAUAAUUAAUUGUUUUAGAUGAAUCUUAAGACAGAACUCUGAAGUCUGGAAAUUGUGCAGAACAGUGUUUGUAGUGUGUGAAGCUGCAUCCCAGGAGCUUAAGCAUUCAAGCGUGGUGUGCUUGUGCCAGGAGGUUAUGUUUUGCUAAGGCACAGACUUGCAUGUUACUGGAUCCACUGUUUUUUCAGCUGCUGCUGUACGAGUUUACAGCUGAAGUCAAAACACGAGCCAUGCUACCUAUCCUGAAUUUACACAACUUUUUACUGGUACUAGAUGUCUAGGCUUUGUACUUUUCUAAAAAAAAAAGAAGAAAAAAAGAAAAAUGUUGAUGUUGUGCCUAGGGUAGUGAACACACAGUUCAAUCCAAAGUGUUUGCACCUCAUGCUAGGGAAGAGUGACUGUCUUCUCAAGCAAAGCAUCUAGUCACGUGUUGUUGACUUUCACAUAAUGCUGGAUGAGCAGUCUAUUGUUGAUGACAAUAUCAUCUACAGGCAGGCGCUGUGUCACAUGUGGAAGUGCCAGUAUGGAAUGUGUCUGUCGCACAUUUCAGGCCCUUGGAGGAUCUUUUUGCACGAUUUUUACACGCAUGUUCUGCCUCAUGCUCUGGGGUUGCAUUCCAACAGUCCCGAUGCACAGUUACGCCUGAAGGCUGAAACACGCCUGUUUGCAGGACAAAUGGGCAUCCCUUUGGCAAUCAGGAAGCAACCCUGGUACCAAGUGUCUCCUUUGCUCUGCCUUGUUAAUGUUCACACAAAAACUCAGUCACAAGUGUCUAUAGCACUGCAUGCGCUUUUUAUACCAAUUCCUUCGGAGAAAGCGCCUCUCCUGGUGAUGUGUGUGUUGCCUACUUCGAUUUUGUAUGCUCUGUGCUAAAUGCUAUAACAGUAUGGUACUCGGUAAACGCGAUUCCGUCUCCAUGCGAGAGAAAUGGGCGCCUUUGAGAUCUUUUUGUGAUCCACCCAAACCCACAUGGCCAUCACAUGCAGAGAAAGCCCAGUAUUCUAAAGGUGCCAAUGAUAUCCGUUGCCUGCAAGAAACUUAUGUGGAAUGAGCACUUGAAUGUCACUUUGCACACACCAAAGCACAGUAUUACUGCGGCCAUUGUGAGUGAUGCCAGGCUAUUUGUUUCUUAUAUCUGUUCUUGUAUACAACCUAACCAGAGGAAUACAGACAGAAAAAUAGAAAAAAACGGUGGGGACUUUUCUAGUCAUGGUGAAUUUCUGGACUGUUCUUGUGAAUGUGGCUGGCCAUUACAUGUGUGGUGAACCGUGCGUGUUCUGUCCAUUUGUCUCCUACUACUGACCACCACCAACUUAAUACUACUAUUUGCAUAUCAUUACCUUCAGUGUUGGGAUCAUCUACACACAUAUUUGUUAAAUGUGAUCUUUGCGCUACACCUGAAAUGUUUUAAAGGGGGCAGGAAGUGAUUUGUUGCUUCUGGAUGAGAUUGAGUGCUAGUGUGUUGGAUCCAUUUUUUACUCAUAUGUCCUUGCUGAUGAUCAAAGGUUUCUUUUUCAGAAGUUAUGUUGAUUUGUUAAUGUAAAAAAGUAUGUUGAUAUUAUUGUUAUGUUUUAGGUUUGAGAGUUUAAACAUUCACUGGUCACUGCAUUCUAAAACAAAUUUAGGUGUAUAUAUAUUGAAUAUUAUGAAAAAAAAAAAAAAGAUAUGCUUGUUUUCUAUGUACAGUUUUAUGUUUUUCUGUCUGUAUAGGAGAUUCCCAAAUAAAUUAUUUAUUCAAUUUGUACAUAAAGUGUUCUGAAUCAUU